UGGGGAGGUGGUGCAGCUUGCUGAUCUCUAGGUAUUCCUUCCCCUCCAUUUCUUUAUCAUAUUAUUUUACAAGUCUUUGUUUGUAUGCUUUCCUUCCAGUGCAGUGUAUUGUUUACUAGAAAAACCAAGUAAAAUUUGAGUUCAAACCAAACAAUCAAUCCACAAAAACAAACUCACAGAGAGAGAGAGAGAGAGAGAGAGAGAAACAAGCAGCAAAACCCAAAUGAUGCAAACCCGAGACGAAAGGUUUGGAAAUUGAGGCAAAUGUCGAUGCCCAGCUCGAGGCACCUCUCCUACAAACCCAACCACCUCUCUCCAUCAUCACCACCACCACCAUCUCCACCACCACCACUUCUCUUCCUCUCUUUCACUCUCCUCUCAAUCUCAACCCUUUUCACCACCACCACCUCCACCGCCGCAGCCAACCACGAGGCUUCAACACUCUACUCAUGGCUCCACAGCUCUCCAUCCCCACCUUCCUCCUCUUCUGUCUCCUCUUUCUCUGACUGGAACAACCUUGACACCAAUCCAUGCAAAUGGGCCUUCAUAACAUGCACUCCCCAAAACUUAGUCUCCGAAAUCAACAUUCAAUCAAUCCCUCUCCAACUUCCUCUCCCAUCAAACCUUUCUUCAUUCCCAUCUCUCCAAAAACUCAUCAUCUCCGGCGCCAAUCUCACCGGCACCAUCUCCGGCGACCUCGGCGACUGCCGUGGCCUCACCGUCAUCGAUCUCAGCUCAAACAGCCUCAUCGGAACAAUCCCACAAAGUCUCAGCAAUCUCCAAAACCUCCAAGACUUGAUAUUGAAUUCAAAUCAACUCACCGGAAAAAUCCCACCGGAGCUUAGCCAAUGCACAAGCCUCAAAAACCUUCUUCUCUUCGAUAACCGUCUCAGCGGCCCGAUUCCCGCUGAAUUGGGCCUCUUAACGGGCCUCGAAGUCCUCCGUGCCGGCGGCAAUAAAGAUAUCGCCGGCAAAAUCCCUGACGAGCUCGGAAACUGCCGGAACUUGACCCUUUUAGGCCUCGCCGAUACACGGGUUUCCGGGCCCGUACCGGGCUCACUGGGUAGACUCCAGAAGCUCCAGACACUGUCUAUCUACACGGCAAUGCUCUCCGGCGAAAUACCGCCGGAGAUAGGUAACUGCUCUGAGCUUGUGAACUUGUAUUUAUAUGAAAAUGCGCUUUCGGGUUCGAUUCCAUUUGAGCUCGGAAAGCUUAAAAAGCUCGAAAAAUUGCUUCUAUGGCAGAACAAUUUUGUCGGGGUGAUUCCUCAAGAGAUUGGGAAUUGUAGUAGCUUGACAAUGAUUGAUCUUUCAUUGAAUUCUUUAUCUGGGUCUAUACCAUGGACUUUUGGUCGUUUAACUCAACUCGAAGAACUCAUGUUAAGCAACAACAAUGUGUCGGGUUCGAUACCUUCAGUUCUUUCGAACGCUACCAACUUAAUUCAGUUACAGCUCGAUACGAAUCAAAUCUCGGGGUUGAUUCCUCCAGAGCUUGGUACAUUGUCAAAACUUCUUGUGUUCUUUGCUUGGCAAAACCAGCUUGAAGGAAGCAUUCCUUCAAGUUUGGCUAGUUGUAGUAACCUCGAAGCACUUGAUUUAUCACACAACUCACUCACUGGUAGCUUACCACCAGGUCUAUUUCAGCUCAAAAACCUCACUAAACUUCUCUUGAUUUCUAAUGAUAUUUCGGGUUCAAUACCGCCUGAAAUCGGUAAUUGUAGCUCUCUGGUGAGGCUGAGGCUUGGAAACAACAGGAUUGCGAAUGAAAUUCCGAAAGAAAUUGGGGGUUUAAGCAGCUUGAAUUUUCUAGAUUUGUCCGGAAAUCGCCUUUCUGGGUCAGUCCCUGAUGAGAUUGGGAGCUGCACAGAGCUUCAAAUGGUUGAUAUCAGUAACAAUACUCUGGAGGGUCCCCUGCCUAAUUCACUCUCAUCUCUGUCUGGCCUACAAGUUCUAGAUGUUUCUACUAAUCGGUUUGUGGGUCCGAUUCCAGCGAGUUUAGGCCGGCUUGUUUCGUUGAACAAGCUCAUUCUGGCUAAGAACUCAUUCACCGGUUCAAUACCGCCAUCGAUUGGACUCUGUUCUAGCCUCCAAUUGCUUGAUCUGAGCAGCAAUGGACUCAAUGGUGAUAUCCCAGUUGAGUUGUGUAAGAUUGAGGCUCUAGAAAUUGCUUUGAAUCUCAGUUGCAAUGAAUUUACUGGUCCAAUACCAGCUCAAAUCUCUGCACUCAACAAGCUUUCUAUAUUAGACAUUUCACACAACAAGCUUCUGGGGGAUUUGAGUCCUCUGUCCCGGCUCGACAAUCUGGUCGCUCUCAAUAUCUCUUACAACAAUUUCACCGGUUAUUUGCCCGACAACAAGCUGUUUCGACAAUUAUCAACAAGUGAUUUAGCCGGGAACCAAGGUCUAUGCUCAUUUGGCCGCGACUCAUGCUUUUUAACCAAUGUUGCAGGGUCGGGAAUAGAGAAAAACGAGAGCGAUAUUAAGCGGUCUAGGAGGCUUAAACUUGCGCUUGCUUUGCUAAUCACUGUGACAAUUGCAAUGGUGAUUAUGGGGACAAUUGCUGUGAUUCGUGCACAAAGGACUAUUAGAGGUGACGAUGAGUCUGAGAUGGGAGAGUCGUGGCCUUGGCAAUUCACUCCAUUCCAAAAGCUAAAUUUCUCCAUUGAGCAAGUUUUGAGAUGUCUAAUCGAUUCAAAUGUGAUCGGAAAAGGGUGUUCUGGGGUUGUUUAUCGUGCUGACAUGAAUAACGGGGAAGUUAUUGCUGUUAAAAAGCUUUGGCCAACGACAACGGCGGCUGCAUCCAAUGGUUGUACCGAGGACAAGUGCGGGGUCCGUGAUUCCUUCUCCGCGGAGGUGAAAACGCUUGGCUCAAUCCGUCAUAAGAAUAUUGUUCGGUUCUUGGGUUGUUGUUGGAAUCGGAACACGAGGUUACUAAUGUACGAUUAUAUGCCAAAUGGGAGCUUAGGAAGUUUGCUACAUGAGCGAAAUGGAAACCCUUUGGAGUGGGAAUUGAGGUACCAAAUUCUGUUAGGGGCAGCUGAAGGACUUGCUUAUUUGCACCAUGAUUGUGUCCCUCCAAUUGUUCAUAGGGACAUUAAGGCCAAUAACAUCCUCAUCGGCCUUGAAUUCGAGCCUUAUAUUGCAGAUUUCGGACUAGCCAAGCUGGUCGAUGAUGGUGAUUUUGCUCGAUCAUCUAAUACAGUUGCAGGUUCUUAUGGGUACAUUGCACCCGAAUAUGGUUACAUGAUGAAGAUCACAGAGAAGAGCGAUGUUUAUAGCUACGGUGUAGUUGCAUUGGAAGUAUUGACAGGGAAGCAACCAAUCGAUCCAACGAUACCCGAAGGCCUCCAUGUAGUAGAUUGGGUGAGACAGAAGAGGGGAAAAGGAGUUGAAGUCCUUGCUCCAAGCCUACUAUCGCGGCCUGAAUCGGAAAUUGAGGAAAUGAUGCAAGCCCUAGGAAUAGCCUUGUUAUGUGUCAACUCGUCCCCUGACGAAAGGCCUACAAUGAAAGAUGUCGCGGCAAUGCUCAAAGAAAUCAAGCAUGAAAGGGAAGAGUAUGCAAAGGUUGAUGUCCUUCUCAAGGGCUCUCCGGCCACGGCCACGGCCAUGGCCACCGCCACGGAUGCUCGGGAAAACAAGAACUCCGGUGGAGUUCCGGCGCCUUCAUCAUCAUCCACGAAGACAAUGCAAAGUUUGUACCCAAAGAGCAAUAACACAAGCUUCUCUGCAUCCUCAUUGCUUUACUCAUCUUCAUCUAAUGCCAAGAUGGGUGGUUUCUAGUGACAUACAUAUUUUACAUUAGAAAUUGCUUCUAAGGAUUUGAAGAGGUUUGUGAUUUGUAUUAGUUUUUAUUUAUUGAUCAGCUUUUUCAUA